UAGCCGAGGCUCGUGCCACAAUCCCCAGCUACAACCACUAUUCCUAGCAUUCGUGAGGGGUUCCUGUGACAGGACGAUUAUAACGAGCGGCUCGAACCAAUUUCGGGAGUGCAUUUUUUCAUAAGGUCAGCGGUGUCUCGUGUGCGAAGCAGGCCCGUCGUCGCCAUCGCGACGCAUCAUGGUGACGUCACCCGAGUCUGCGAACAGCGUCCCUGCCGCGCCCGUCUCCGAAGGCGAUAAUCGUGGCGAGGACCGCGCGCUGCCGUCAGUUCCUUCUGUUGCAACAAUGGUUACUGCUUCGUGCAGUACGCCACUGACGCCGCUGCGCUCCGAGCCGCCGCCGAACCGGACCGCAUACUGGUACGUGGGUUGCCUGUCGUAUCAGGGAGGCGAACUCAGGAUUCUUAAUGCUUUGGCGUGCGUCCUGGCUCGACGUGCGAUGGUGCGUCUCUGUGGCUCGUCCGCGUGCAACGCGUACCUCCCCCUGACAUCGUAACCACCUCUCUCUCAUCCCCUCCGUACCCGUCACUUUGUUCCUUCCCUCCCUCCGCUCUCCCCCCCCCCCUGGGUGCGCGUGGCACGGCGGCAUGGCAUGGGGAGCGGGCCAUGCAGGUGCAGGGGUUUCUGGUGUGGUUGAGAGGAUGUUAUCUUGACGGGGUGGAGGGGACGGAGAGGCGAACUUAAGCCAGUAUCCCCUCGACGCUGUCCCUUCGUCAACCUUCUCCUCAUUGUCCCCUCGUCAUUAUCACCUUCGUCAAUUUUCCCUCCGCCAACUCGCAUUCGUCUCAGAUGUCCUGCUCGUUGGACACUUGACGGAUACACGUCUCCAAGCUGCUCAUGAUUCGGGACUAGGAGUGUCUGAAGCUUCUCAGAGGCAGCCUCAUCUCACCGUACCCUCUCCACCCCACCCCAGGCACGUCGCAUUUGAGCAUGACCAAUCCCUACUCCCACUCAUCCCUUCCUUCUGUCGUUUCCUCAUGCGGACAACAACAUUGUAAGCACUCUUGACAGCAGAGCCGCUGAAGUGAAACAAGUCAGCUGAUGAGGGUGCGUGAGGGGGGUGAAUGAAGAUAAGGUAUGGCCCUGUGUACAGAGGUGAGUACGUCUAGUGGAACAGCCUGGAAGGGCAUGCGGUGAUGUUCCUUGCUAUGCCAUCUCGCAUGUCAGAUGUGUGUGCGUUAGAACCAUCACUUGUUGAAUUGCCCCGCUCAUUAACAAUGUCUCUGAUUUCCAGACGUCCCUGUUCGUUCUCCUUGUCUAGUGUUGAGACUAUUGAGAGAGCAUGCGUCCUGUACAUUGGUCGCGCCCGCUGCACUUCCUAUCCCCUGCACUCUCCCUUCAUUGUGCUGCUUCCCAAGCAUGGGAGAGGUGGUGUGGUGAGGCGGAAGACAUCGCUGCCCAGGGGUAAGGGAGGAUGACGACGAGAAACUACAUCAUGAGUGAGACGGACUACCUCACUUAUGCUGUUUUCCUGUCCUCCCGUCCUCUGCUGUCUUCCUCUCGCUGUUCUUUUUUCCGCUCUGUGCUGUUUCUGGGUAAGUUGUUGUACUUCUGCCUCUGCUGCUACAAAUCGCAGCCACUCGGUUGUGCGCACUCUUCUUCACGUCCUUCCAGUCACUCGCCUCCGUUUUUACUGUCAGUUCUUUCAAUUUCCACCCCACCGGCCCUGCCCACCACCCAGGUGUGCUUUGACUACCUGCAGCUGGGCGGGGUGUGCUCCGAGGACCCCAUCUCGCUAAGUAUCUUCUCUUCCUGCAGCACUGGCCCUUCGUUACCAUCGUGGAGCCAUGAUGGCUACGGCACCAGAGGAUGUGAACCUCAUUCCUCCAGCCACGCACGCCGAAGGCGAUAAUCGUGCCAAAGACUACGCGCACGUGCGCCUGCCGCGGGACGCCGCCACGGGGCGCAACAAGGGCUACUGCUUCGUGCACUACGCCUCCGACGCCGCUGCGCGCCGAGCGGCCGCCCAACUGGACCGGCAUGCUGGUGCGCGCUGGACGUGCGCCACAGCAUGGUAGUUGGGAACAGUGCGGUCAGCCUUACGUUUCAACAUUAUGAGUAUUCUGGUCAUUCAGAUGCUGAAACUUCCGUGUUUAUUAGUGCCUCGCGGUCCUCAAAGGUAGAAGCAACAAGGUUACUUCCACCCAAAGGUAACAGUAAACUACGCUUGCGACCAGGCCCCUAGAUUGCAGGAAAAUUUUCCUGAUUCAGGAAAAAAACAGAGUUGUUGCUGGUACCAGUCCUGAUUGUCCAGGAUUUUUCGAAAGGCAUUUCCUGUUUUUUCAGCAUUUUUUGGGGGUUUGUGCCUUAGAGGGUACAACACACUAGUCUAUAUUGCCCUGUAUCUUCCUAUUCUAGU